AUGGAAAUUUCACAUUAUCUUACUUACAUUCCUCUAAUAAUUCCCCUUUACAUCUUCACCAAACACCUCCUCCACAAACUCCAAAACCUCCCACCCUCCCCCCUUCUCCGCCUCCCUUUCCUCGGCCACCUCCACCUCCUCAAAAAGCCCCUCCACCGCUCCCUUGCCGCCCUCUCCGCCCGCCACGGCCCCAUCGUCCUCCUCCACCUCGGCUCCCGCCGCGUCCUCCUCGUCUCCUCCCCCUCCGCGGCCGACGAAUGCCUCUCCAAAAACGACCUCGUCUUCGCCAACCGCCCCCACCUCCUCGUCGGAAAGCACCUCGGCUACAACAACACCUCCCUCGUCUGGUCCUCCUACGGGGACCACUGGCGAAACCUCCGCAGGGUUUCGUCCCUUGAAGUUCUGUCAGCGCAGAGGCUGACAGAACUUCAAGGGAUCAGGGCGGACGAGGUCCGGACCAUGGUCCGGACCCUGGCCAGAGGCUCGGACGAGCGGAGGCUGGUGGAUAUGAAGGCAAUGUUUUUUGAGGUGACGAUGAAUGUGGUGAUGAGGAUGAUUGCUGGGAAGGCGUACUACGGCCGGGGGGUGGAGAGGGCGGAGGAGGGGCGGCGGUUUAGGGUGAUUGUGGCGGAGACGAUGAGGCUGAUGGCGGCGUCGAAUAAGGGGGAUUAUUUGCCGUGGUUGGGGGAUGGUGGGGUUGAGAAGAGGAUGGUGAAGCUGCAUAGGGAGAGGGAUGGUUUUAUGCAGGAGCUUGUGGAGGAGUGUAGGAUGAGGCGGCGGAGUUGCGGUGGCGGUGGUGAGACGAAAACGAUGAUUGAGAUGUUGCUGGCGUUGCAAGAGAAGGAGCCGGAAUAUUAUACCGAUGAGCUCAUUAGAAGCCUCAUGCUGAGUCUUCUGAUCGCCGGCACAGACACAUCCUCCGGCACGAUGGAGUGGGCCCUCUCCCUCAUGCUCAACAACCCUCAUGUUCUCAAAAAGGCCCAGGCCGAGAUCGACGGCCACGUCGGACACGCCCGUCUCCUGGACGAGUCCGACCUGGCCGACCUCCCGUACCUGCGCAGCGUCAUCGCCGAGACGCUGCGUAUGUACCCGGCGGCGCCUCUGCUGGUCCCCCACGAGUCAUCAGCAGAGUGCACCGUCGGGGGCUACUGCAUCCCCGCGGGCACCAUGCUGCUGGUGAACGUGUGGGCCAUACAGAACGACCCCGGGAGCUGGGAGGACGCGGCCGAGUUCAGGCCGGAGAGGCUUGAGGGGUCGGGAGGCUGCAGGAGGAUGCCGUUUGGGGCCGGGAGGCGGAGGUGCCCCGGGGAGGCGCUGGCGGUGAGGAUUUUGGGGCUUGGGCUUGGUGCGGUGGUGCAGUGCUUUGAUUGGGAGAGAGAGGGGGCGGAGCUGGUGGAUAUGAGUGAAGGCGGAGGGGUGUCGCUGCCGAGAGCGGCGGCGUUGAUGGCUUAUUGCAAAGAGAGAUCUGUUGCGGCGGCGCUUCUCUCAAAUAUUGCAGAGAGAGAUCUGUUGAUGGCCUAAAUUAGAAUUUCUUAAAAUUUAAAUCUGAUCAAUUAGUGAAAAGUAUUAGAAGAGACAGAACAAGUAUUUUAUUUUAUUUUAUUUCACUAGUUUUAUUAUUGUUA